UUCAAUCGCGCGCGACGGACGGCAACCUUAAGAUCGGCAUUCGCGCCUGCGCAGACUGAACCUUAUUAUUUUUAUUUAUUUUUUUUAAAACCCUUCCCCACCCAGUUCCCUUCCCUCAACUUCUUCAACGGCCCGUCUUGCCUAUGUAGGCCCUCUCCGUAGAGCCGGAGUCCGACCCGUGAAAGGAGGGCAUGUCGGGGGUCCGCGAGGUGGUGACGCUUCAGCUGGGCCCCUACGCGGGGAGCGUGGGCGCUCACUGGUGGGGCCUUCAGGAAGCUCUGUUCUCAUCCAAUUCCGCGGCUUCAGGUUUAGACGAAGCAAUUCAGCAUGAUGUCCUCUUCCGAACGGGGAGGACCCUGCAGGGCCGCGAGACGUUUACCCCCCGUCUCAUCCUUAUGGACCUCAAAGAGAGUCUCACCUCUUUGAAACAGGAGGGAUACCUGUAUGAAGACCCGAAAACAAACAUCCCUAUAGCUUGGAAGGGGAACCUCACACGGCACCAGCAAGACCCAGUGCCUCCCAGUCCCGUUUUGGAAGGCCUCAACCAGCCUGAGGGUGACAGGUUUUCCAAUGGCGACGUUGCCUCCAACAGCCUCCCUGGUGGAAAGUCGCAGCGGCUCCCCAAGCCGCUGGCGUCGAAGAGCCCGGCACCUGCUUGGUCAGACUUCCUCCGCACCAAUCUCCACCCGCGUACCAUCCUGACCAUCCAUGAAUACAACCGCGAGGAGGAAUCAAACCGGCUGGAGGCAUUCGGACAAGGAGAGAAACUCCUGCAGGAUGGCCGGUACCUUGAGGAGCUGGAGGAUCGGCUGCACUUCUACGUCGAAGAGUGUGAUUACUUGCAGGGGUUUCAGCUGCUCUGCGACCUCCACAACGGCUUCUCGGGCGUUGGGUCCAAGGCAGUGGAGCUGCUGCAGGACGAAUACGCGGGAAAAGGCAUCUUGACUUGUGGGCUGACGCCUGUGCUUCAAUCCAGUCUCCCACAUCGGCAUUUCUACCGGCUGAUGAACACAGCUCUGGGCAUCGUCCGUUUGUCCAGCCAGAGUUCGCUCUUCUGUCCUUUGUCGCUCCACGGGAGCCUGGGGCUCAAACCGGGCAGUCCGGUGGCGCUACCGUACCUCCACUACGAGCCAUCUCUGGAUUACCACACGAGCGCCAUUCUCGCCACCGCUCUGGACACGCUGACCAUCCCCUACCGGCUCCAGACGUCGGACUUCACCAUUUCCAACCUGACCGAAACCCUGAAUUUUUCCGGAAGGAAGGUCGCAGAGGCUUCGGCCGCCAUGCCCUUCCCCGUGGCGGAAGACCAGUCCCUUCCCGACGCCUUGUACAACCAACAACCCAGCACGGCUUGGUAUCCAUUGUCGUCUUGUGGCAACCGAAGCGAUGCCGGCUGCUUUGCUCAGUCGGUUGUGUUGCGAGGGAUCGGCAAACGGCAGCAAGUGAGCAACGCCCCGCCGGGAACCGAACCCAAGUCCAUCCUCCACAUGUGUGAGACAGGCCAGGAAGUGCUGUCCCGUUACUUACACACUGUCUCCCCCCGGACGCUGAGCACCUCGCUUUUGCUGCAAGGGCCCUGCAAGCUGUUGGCUCCGUACCCCCAGUUUUUCUCACCUUUCCUGAACAAGCAUGGAUCCCUCUUGGAGAAGCCGUUGUUCGGCCCAGCAAAGGUCGAAAGCAUCCCCGUCUUAGCGGCCUUCCAAUCCUCGGCGGAAUUAUACCAAACCCUGGGCGACUUUUACCGAGAGCUGCACGGAACGGACUUGCGACGGUGGGAGAGUUUCUUUUCCGCCGGGGUGGAGAUGGAUGACUUCCGAGAGGCGCUGGACGAGCUGCGGACGCUGUCCCUCUGCUACAAGAAAAGCAGCCUGGACGAAAAUUCGGACGACGAUACGGACUGAGCUGCUUUUCGGAGACCGCCGCGGACGCCUCUCGGCUCGGCUCGCGUUUGAAAUCAAAGAGAAAUAAAACUUUGCCGAGGACGCCUCCUUUGCGUGUUUUUGAGGGACGGGAGGGUGGGAGAAUUUUGGUUUAAAA